AAACCAAUGUCGACCAUUAUGGCUGCCGACGGGAGUGCGACGAAGGAUGACAGUGGAUAAAAGCCAGUGUUAUCUUUCAUGUGGCGUGUGGCACGCUAUUGAUAGCUAAUGUAACAUGUAGGUGCUGGAAUACAUCCGGCGUCAACAUUGAUACCGUGUUGGAAAUGGAUAAACUGAGCAUAAUAUCGGGGGCAUUGUUCUUCGCUGCGGAUAUAUUCGCUGUCACAAGUUUGGCGAUGCCGAACUGGAUAGUAUCAGAAAUCGGCGGGGACACAUAUAUCGGUCUGCUACAGACCUGCCUGACCAUCUACGGCCGCCCGACGAUCUGCUUCACGCCGGACCCGGUGCGAGGGGAGUGGCUCCUGACCUUUGUCUGCAUCGUGAUGGGGAUUCUGUGUAUCAGUGUCACUAUUGUGCUUCUCGGAGUCUCCUACUGGGAGUACAGGGUCAUGAAGUUUGCCCGCUGGCUCGGCUUUGUUGCAAUGAUUCUGUUUUGCCUGGCGGCAGUGAUCUUCCCUAUAGGAUUCGACAUGGAUCAGAUCGGGGGCGAGGCCUACCAGCUCCCCAACAACUUCCGGGUCGGAAUAUCCUACAUUUUCUUUGUCCUAGCUCUCUGGAUCACUGUUGUCUCUCAACUCUUUGCCAGUAAAGUCUGUCUGCCACAUUUCUGAUCUCCGAACAUUUAUGUGACUGGACGCUCCAAUUAUUCACACUAUGCUAGUCAAGAGGAGUGCAGUCAUGUGGUAGGCCUAGCAUCAGGAAUCUCACAGGCUUCCCUUCUGUAUUAGUGAUGAGUAGUGCUUACUAAUACCUCCACAUAGUGGCUGUGGUCGUUUGUACCUACAGCAAGUCAUCUGCAUUGACAGAGGGCGAAGUUCAUCGUCAGCACUUCACAAGUUUGUAUGCAACCACGUUUCUCCAUCACCUGUAAAUACCUAAGGCUACUUAGUGGUGUGGUCACUAUUUCGUAUCAUUCUAUGCCUGGUCUAACUGAGAGGAAAUAGACCGAUGAGAUCUUCGAUUACAAACGUUUUUCUUCUACAACAUGUGCCAUAUCUUGGACAGGUAGGUAUGUACAAAGUUCAUGCAUCAGUAGGGCUCAUUUGACUUCCGUGGAAUCUACAAAGCCUGACACAUUCAUUAGCAAAGUGAAAAUAGGCUCAGGACUCUUCUCCACAGUGUGGCUGUAUGUAUUAAACAGGUGAUGGAGACACGUAAUGGCUACAAUCCAGUGAAGUAUUCAUCAUGACCAAAUUUCACAUCAACUGUUUCUCUAUCGAAGCCAGCCGGGAGAUACGGUGGUCUUGACAGAUGAUCUCCGUUGUGUACCUGUCUUUGCCUGAGAGGAUGUAGACGGCCAUUGUUGUAGAGAAUAUAACCUGCUAUUCUUCGUUGGGUACAAUUAGGUUCUGAAGAAUCAUGUUUCGAAAGCCGAUUCCUUCUUGGAAUGAAUGUAGAAUGUAAUAAUAUUGGAACCUUUGCUGUCCUGUUGUGAAGAUGUGUCACAUUCACUGAUGCGAUAGCACUAUUUAUUAUCCAUGUUUUUUUCCUUUUCUACAAUGAAGAAAUUAAAGUGCAGUUUUCUCCUGAGAUGCCUUGCACAAGUAUUAUGAAGAGCUUUCAGGCAAAUGUACAGAAAUGAUGAAAUCCAUGUUUGUAUGAACAAAGAAGCAUUGUUCUGUAAAACAAACAAUGACAAAGGUAGCACUUCUUUUGCAUAUUAUCAAACAACUUGGUGGACAACAAUACAUCAUAUGUUCAAAAACAAUUUUCUGAAACUCUAAAUUGGUGAUGAUAAUAGCUACCAUCUGCAUUCCAGUAAGAAGUUGUGAAAUCUUCCGAAUUGAAAAUCCAACUGAAAAAUCAUCCAUAACUCAGCUGAUGGUAUUUGCAGAAUUUUGUUAGAAGGUCCUUUUGACACUUACGUCCAACUUAGUACCUUACUUUUCCAGGUAUUUCCUUCCACAAGUGCAAUGACUGUAGAUCUGCAGCGUGAUGUUUGUGCAUACUCUGUAGAAGUGUAGGGCUGCUGAGGUGUAUUCUGAUGAUAGUCCAUAGUGUACAUAAUCUGUAGGUACAUGGAAAUAUACCCAAUAGAGAGGGAACCAGUGGAGUGAGCUCACCUGAAUACGUUUCUCUAGCUACUGUGGGCCAUGUGUUGUUUCAGUAACUUUGUCUGGUGAACUCAUUCAGCCAAUGCAAGAGGCCUGCUUUGUCCACACAUUGGGUUAGUGUCACUGGUGGUGUACAGACUAAUCAUCCUUUUCCAAAUAUAAACGUGAUAUCCUGUGCCCCAUUCAUGACAUCCCGUGCCCUAUACAUGAUAUCCUGUGUUCGAUACAUAAUAUUGUGUGUCCCAGACAUAAUAUCCUGUGCCCCAUUCAUGACAUCCCGUGCCCCAUACAUGAUAUCCUGUGCCCCAUACAUGAUAUCCUGUGCCCCAUACAUAAUAUCCUGUGCCCCAUACAUGAUAUCCUGUGUCCCAUACAUAAUAUCCUGUGCCCCAUACAUGAUAUCCUGUGCCCAUACACGAUGUCCUGUGCCUCACACAUAAUAUCCCUUGCCCCAUACAUGAUAUCCUGUGUCCAAUACAUGAUAUCCUGUGCCCCAAACAUGACAUCCUGUGCCUCAUACAUAAUAUCUUAUGUCCCAAACAUGAUAUCCCCAGCCCCAUAUAUGACAUCCCGUGCCCUAUACAUGAUAUCCUGUGUCCAAUACAUACUAUCCCAUGCUCCAUACAUGAUAUCAUGUGUCCCAUACAUGAUAUCCUGUGCACCCUACAUAAUGUCCUGUGUCCCAUGCACGAUGUCCUGUGCCCCAUACAUAAUAUCAUGUGUCCCAUACAUAAUAUCACGUAGCCCUUACAUGAUAUCCUGUGCCUCAUAGAUGACAUCCUGUGCCUCAUACAUGAUAUCCUGUGCCCCAUACAUGAUAUCAAGUGCCCCAUACAUGAUAGGCCCACUUGUGUAUUCAAGUACAACACUUGUGUAUUCGUAUACAACACUUGUGUGUUCAUGUACAACACUUGUGUUUUCGUAUACAACACUUGUGUAUUCGUAUACAACACUUGUGUAUUCAAGUACAACACUUGUGUAUUCAUGUACAACACUUAUGUAUUCAUGUACAACACUUGUGUAUUCAUGUACAACACUUGUGUAUUCAAGUUCAACACUUGUGUAUACAUGUACAACACUUGUGUUUUCAAGUACAUCACUUGUGUAUUCGUAUACAACACUUGUGUAUUCAUGUACAACACUUGUGUUUUCAUGUACAACACUUGUGUAUUCAAGUACAACACAGUAGCUGUGUAGGACAUGUGCGGACUAAGGGGGCCUCAUUCUAUAAGUGUUUUAUUGGCUAUAUGUGUGUAUUGUAGUCUGGCAUGCAAGAUGGCAACUCAGUGCCAUUACCAAGCUUGGUAUGAAGGACAUGGAUAUAAGAUAUUCAUUGUAAAUAGUUGUAUUGUCCAACCACAGGAGCUAUGUCAGGGUAUUGUCUCCAUCAAAGUUUUCCCCGGACUUAAUUGUUCAUUUUCUUAAAGCUUGGGACACUACGUGCAGUGGGCACAUUGUUUGUACUCGAGAUGAAGAUGUGAUCAGCAUCAUAUUUAUCCUUUCCAAAGAAAAGUUCCUUAUGUUUCUAACGACGAUUGCUAUCAUUUUAUCAAGACAAUAUUGUCAUGCAGUUGAUCUGCAAGUCACAGCUGAGGAGCUUUAACAUUACUGACGCCACAUUUUGUUGUAUUCAUAGAUUGGGAGAAAAUUAAAACUAGAUUUAUGUUCCUGAACAUAUGUUAUUAAUGAGGAUGCAACUUAUCACUAGCCGUUUCAGUUUGUGUACUUAUAAAGUAUCCCAGGGGCUGGUACAAUUCCCGGCUUGUUCGUGGUUGUCCUUCUAUGUUAUCACUAUUGAGACUUAGGGAAUGUUUCCAUUCAUCCCUGUUUUAUAUGUACAUUUGUAAACAUUUCACUGAGAACACUGCUAACAAGCAUUAAUGUAGUUAGGUAAUGGUCAACAGAAGGAAGUACCUGAACAUGAAUCUCAUCCUUAUUCCUUCCAAUCCAAUGCUUACUGACCUACUUGUGUUUACAUGUUUCCAAUGACUACUUUUUUCAAAGCAUUUAUUAGCUAUUUAUUUCAAUCUGACGAAGGACAAAAAUAAUGCUGUAGGAUUUGUCACGGAUGUUGGUGUUAUGUCGAAUCAUUAACGUCCUUCAGUUUAACACUGGCUAAGUGUGCAAUAGCUGGUUUAAUCGUGUAAGUCCAGAUGGAUGUAACUUCUUUUAAAAGACAUGAAAUGUUUAAUGAACACUCCAGUUAUCUUUUCCAAAAUGUGAAGGGAUAUGUAUAUGAUGCAGAAUCUUCAUUUUGGUCUUUGAUGAGGAUUUUUAGAGCAGGGAACAGGAUGCCCAGUUUCCCAAGGUGUUGCAGUUCAAAUUGCUGAGUUACAUCCCUUAGCCAUGCCAGGAUUUGCUGGUCAUUGGUUCAAAUUUGGUGAUUCCCGGUCUGUCAGUACCAGGCUGAUUUGUUUUCCCUAAGUGGGAGUUCUCUAUGAUAUCUGUCAUUUCCACCCACAUUUGGCCUUGCUGUAUUUAUGCUUGGUUUACAGAUCCGCUGAACUUAAAAAUGAAAACUUAAGAGAAAUAAAUAAUAUCAGAAGGGCUAGGUUAAUUUAAUACCGCAGAUGGUAAAUAUCUCUUUGACAAUAUUUUUGUUACCACUUUACCAAUCUAAGUAAAAAUUUAAGAUGAUAAAAAAAUCCAUUUUAAGCAUAUUUUUUACAUUUCAUUUUUUAUCUCCCGACCAAAUGUUUCUCUAUAAAAAUCCGAAAUGCUGAUAUGACCAACAUUAAAAGAUCUGUUACAAAGUCUCUCUUAAAGCUAACCAUGCUAGCACAGAGUUACAUAUAUUGGGUACUUCAGGGUAUAGAAUUGUAUAUUAUCAAUCUCAGUGGAAAUGCAUUGAAUACUUAGGAAUGAUAGUUGCAGAAAUCAACCCAAUAAGUUACAAGAUGUAUCCAUGUUAAUAAUUUAUUAUGAUUAUUUUUUCUGAUUGUUUGGGCCAGCUGUAUGUACAGUCCUCCCAUACUGUGUACAUCUAGUCUCGGAUUAUGUGAACAGUAUUUAGUGGCAUGAUCGGAAGAGGAAGACAUGCAUGAUACAUGAACCAUGGUUUUGUCCAUUGUGUGUGUUGUGGAGCAAUGUGAUACCUUGUACAAAAACCACUUUGACAUAUGGAGGGCAGUUAGAUGUUGAGUCAGCACAACCCUGGUGGGCCUACACAAGGCGCGGGGUAGAUGAAGGAGCGGGGUAGAUGAAGGUGCGGGGUAGAUGAAGGUGGGGGGUAGAUGAAGGAGCGGGGUAGAUGAAGGUGCGGGGUAGAUGAAGGUGCGGGGUAGAUGAAGGCGCGGGGUAGAUGAAGGAGCGGGGCAUAAGCCUGCAUCACAGAUAUAUGCUGACAAGAAGAGUGUUUUACUUUAUUUACGAUAAGUGCAUGUCCUUGAUCGUCGUCGGUUGUCCAGUGUGUUAUGUCGCCAUUCUGUUAGGAUCAGGGGUGGUCGGGUAGCCUAGUGGUUAAAGCGUUCACUUGUCACGCCGAGGACCCGGGUUCGAUUCCCGACAUUGGUACAAUGUGUUAAGCCCAUUUCUGGUGUCCCCCGCCGUGAUAUUGCUGGAAUAUAGCCGAAAGUGGUGUAAACUCACUCACACACUCACUGUUAGGAUCAAUAGCCUGGUCCCAUUGGUCACAAUAGCAUAGUGACAUCACCAGCUCUAUCCCACAGGCCCUUGUGGUGUUGCUUAAACAAGUGUCAGAAAUGCUGCGUCCUAUUAUUUAAGAAAUAAACGAUAAGUGGGAGUUGUUUAUUGUACAACAAAACUCUGCUGGGAGAAUAAACCUUGAGGGGCACAGUCCCUUCAGUGUUUUAUUGUACGAAAAACAAUGACCACGAGUUGUUUAUUUCUUACAUGAGAUAUCAACAUUAUGUACAGCCUCUUUAAGGAUGAUGGUGACAUGUACAAGCCUUAAAAGUACUAAGCCGUAUUUAAAUAUUGAUAACUCCCUGAAUAGAAUCUGACCGCGUCAAUGUUGGACAAGUCCAUCAUAUGCACAGGUGGGUAUUUCCUGCAUUUUCUGACAAUCCUCACGUCGAAUACCUAUACCUUUUCUCCCAAUACCGAUUGUCAUAUCUCUCCCGGUUUUGGAUGCGAUCGUUUGGCCAUCGUGUUUAUCUGCUUUGCACAACUACAUCUAUGGGGAACAACUCACUAGACACUCCCCUCUCAAAAAAUAACGUCGUCAAACAUACUGCGUCAUCAAGUUGCGAAUCUCCAGAAAUGACGUCAUGGUAGAACAAUGUUUUAUCAUGAAGUAAACCUUGCUUGUUCUUCAUUCAUCAGUGUGAUUUAUGGUGCAGCUAUCUUAUAUACCGCUGUGUAAAGAUAAUAUAUUUCUGACACUCAUUUAAGCAAUGACACAAGGCCCUGUGCUCCAUCCCUCGGGGCACAGAAUUUCUGUCUCUCAACCAAUCAAAAUGGCCCUUGUGAAUUCGAGUGAGUCAUAGAUUUACGUUCAAAAUGGCAGCUUUAUCUAACUGAACCAUGUAUUUAAAUGAUUGACAAAAAUGUUUUAAAUGAUUUUUUAGUUGGUAAACAUGGUAGACAGGGCAGGAAAGUCCUCAUUAGCUUCUGCUUGAAUGAGACGGCAUACAAAACUUGAGACAAGUACGGGUGAUAUGGCUGCUUUAUUAAAUCCUGAAAGAACAAAUUUUGUUUUAUUGGAUAUCUAUUUUUGUGCCAUUCCAAAAUAAAUGAAUGGGUCCAGGGUAUGAUAGUAUGGAGAUGUGAUACACUGGGUGAUCAAGGGUAUGAUAGUAUGGAGAUGUGAUACACUGGGUAAUCAAGGGUAUGAUAGUAUGGAGAUGUGAUACACUGGGUAACCAAGGGUAUGAUAGUAUGGGGAUGUGAUACACUGGGUAACCAAGGGUAUGAUAGUAUGGGGAUGUGAUACACUGGGUAACCAAGGGUAUGAUAGUAUGGAGAUGUGAUACACUGGGUGAUCAAGGGUAUGAUAGUAUGGAGAUGUGAUACACUGGGUAACCAAGGGUAUGAUAGUAUGGGGAUGUGAUACACUGGGUAACCAAGGGUAUGAUAGUAUGGGGAUGUGAUACACUGGGUAACCAAGGGUAUGAUAGUAUGGAGAUGUGAUACACUGGGUAAUCAAGGGUAUGAUAGUAUGGAGAUGUGAUAGACUGGGUAACCAAGGGUAUGAUAGUAUGGAGAUGUGAUACACUGGGUGAUCAAGGGUAUGAUAGUAUGGAGAUGUGAUACACUGGGUAACCAAGGGUAUGAUAGUUUGGAGAUGUGAUACACUGGGUAACCAAGGGUAUGAUAGUAUGGGGAUGUGAUACACUGGGUAACCAAGGGUAUGAUAGUAUGGAGAUGUGAUACACUGGGUAACCAAGGGUAUGAUAGUAUGGAGAUGUGAUACACUGGGUAACCAAGGGUAUGAUAGUAUGGAGAUGUGAUACACUGGGUUAUCAAGGGUAUGAUAGUAUGGAGAUGUGAUACACUGGGUUAUCAAGGGUAUGAUAGUAUGAAGUUGUGGUACACUGGGUAAUCAAGGGUAAGAUAGUAUGGGGAUGUGAUACACUGGGUAACCAAGGGUAAGAUAGUAUGGAGAUGUGGUACACUGGGUAAUCAAGGGUAUGAUGGUAUGGAGAUGUGAUACACUGGGUAACCAAGGGUAUGAUAGUAUGGGGAUGUGAUACACUGGGUAACCAAGGGUAUGAUAGUAUGGGGAUGUGAUACACUGGGUAAUCAAGGAUGGCCCUUGAUGUGCAAGUGGGGAUUUGCUGAAACAGGUGCUUUUAUUUAUUAGGCCAAUCCAACUUUUUUGUUUAAAUGUCUUGAGGGCAAAGUCAAUAUUAAGAAAAUUUAUAUGUUGCCAAGUUUGAUUUGAGGCUAAUUUAUUGCAGAAAACUCUUGAACUAAAAGUAAAACAUAAAAAGUAAAAAGUGUUAAAUAAAACAGCAUUCUGUCCUUUCAACUUAUGUAAAAUGUAGGGUAACCAUUAUGAGCUGAGGUUUUUAGUGAAACAAGAAACUACAUUCAUCUGUCUAUCGUAUAAUUUUAGAACUAUUCACAGACCGCCUUCAUAUAGCCGGAAUAUUGCUGAGUGCGGCGUUAAGCAACAAACAAAGAAAAGAAAAGAGUUUUAUGAUGUUGAAUGUUAUGAUUUUGCCAGAAAGGGUGAAAGGUGAAAGCCCCGAUAUGUCUGGCUCAUGAAGUGUGUUGAUAGUGGAUGUAUAUAGUUUUGGAGACAUAGUAUUCAACUUUGAUUGAAACUUUUAUGCUUUCAUAGUAGGCCACAUUUAUCAUUUGUUAUCAAGAGUUCAGGGUUACACAUGGCCACUGUGUUGCUAUUGAGGGCAGUGUUUGAAUUUAAUAUACCGUAUUCGACGUAAUAAGCACCCUGCUCUAAUAAGCGCCCACGUCGAUAUUUGCUAUUAUAUUGGCUAGUGAAAAUCCCAAGUAGCACCCCUUCCAAUUGAUCAAUGUACACAAGACUUAAUUAUUUGUGUAUAAUACGUGAGUUGUAUGCAUCCUUAAUCAUGGGAAAUUAAAUUCUGGAAAAAUAUAUAUGUCGUAUAUAAACAUUUCAGGCUGUCAGCAUAAACCACGAAAUUUACCAUCUUUCAACUCUGUUUUUUUUUUCACCAAAAUAAUAUUCUGAUAAGAGCCCCCUAUUUAUAAUUUUGAGAGCGCCCUGGGCGCUUAUUACGUCGAAUACGAUAAGUCUGCUAGUCCGAGACCAGGAAAUUUCAGGACUAGUAACAAUUUCUUGUGGACUACCACUUUUCCUAUUAGGUAGAUUGCAUCGCUGUAGCGCAAGUUUGUUGACUAGUGAAACUAUGUCGGAAGCUGUGUAGACCAGUAGUGACUUGUCCAGUGAAAGAAAGGCUGCUUUGAACCUUAUAUGUGAUCAGUUUAGUGUUGUAAUGGCCAAAGUUUAACAAAAAGGAAUCCUUUCAUAAAUAUGGAGGGACAUUUUGUAGGUUGCAGUGCUUAGAGGAUGUUAUACAAUAAUAACCUAUCUUUUACCUCAAUGACGAACUGUGCUGUGAAAACCAACUCUAGUAUAUGCAGAUGACAGCAUGAGAGUGGAGUAUGGUGGGUGUCACACCAGAACAGCUUGAAUUUGAGUUGGUAUCCAUCGGGGCCUAUAAGUGCGCUUGCACUCAAUACAUGAACAUCUCUGCAACUUAUGGAUCUUCCAAAAAAUCACUCUACGCUGUUCAUCAGUUUCUGUUUUGUUGAUAUUUUUACUAAUUAUUUAUUAGUAUUUUAUGAUUCACAUAUGUUCUGAAUUGGAACAGAUGUUUUCUGUGGUUGUUCAGAGUACCUGGACAAGAGGCUAAUCAAAACAGUUGAUUUCAUAUAUUAUGAAGAUUUUUGUUUAUGGGAAAGUCAUUGUUUUGAAAGCUGAAGAUACAAUAAAGAAUCUGUGUGUAUAUCUUGCAUGAAUUUGUCAUGUAUAUUUUGUUUUGUUGAAAAUGAUUUUAUGAGAAAACUAUUUGUGCAUGCAAUAUUGAUGAGUGUUGGUUUUGAUAAAAUGUUUUGUACUGUUAUGUUUCUUGCAUUUUGAUCAUCAUUUCAAAUAUUGGAACUUGGUGACGAGUUUAUGUAGAAAGACCUUUUAUGAUAAUAUAUUGUGGAUGUUGGAUCCACAUUUCAGCACAGCAGUCCGUGUUUGUUUCUGGCAGAGUUCUCCAGGAAGCCAAAUAGUAAUACCUCAUUCAUAACAAACAAGUUUCCCAAUGUUUCACUCCAUGCUUAAUAAUUGGGUCAAGUGUAAUAUAUGAAGAAGACAAUAUAUGGAUGUCAACUGCUUUAUUAUGAGGAACACAACGUUUUGGAGUUUAUACUUACUCCUUCAUCGGGUGAAUUAUUGCUAUGAAGCAGAUAACAUGUAUGUUUCUGUAAGAACAAAAAAAGUAAUAAGAUAACAAAGGUGGAAACUUAACUAUACUCCGUAGCAUUGUGUUCCUCAUGAUAAAAAAGUUGACAUCCAUAAAUUGUCUUCCUUAUGUGUAUCACUUCUUAAUGCCAUUCAAAGACUACAAAUAAUACGGAAUUGUAUUAAGAGAAAAAUGUUCCCAGAUUUGCUAAUUUUGGUCACAAUGUCAUUAUUUCUAAGGGACAUAACUCUUAUCUGUAAAUUUUAGAAUGUUGUGAUCGUUUUUCCAAGGUCAAGGUAUUUCAGUUUGGAAAUAAAAAAAUAUUAUAUGGAUAUAUUUGUUUGAGAUAACGUGUAAUUCUGUAUGUCGCCCAAACAAAAUCUAUUAUUGACAGGAUACCUACAGUUAAUGAUGGAACAAGAUGAUAAUUAUUGAUAUUCAGACCUUUUUAGAAUAUUUUGAGAACUUAGCAACUUUGAGAAAUUGAAUAUCUGUAAUGUUCUCCAUCAUCAUGGCAAUAUUUUCAUCCUUUAUCUCUAGGCGGAGCUGUUGAUCAGCCUUGUGUUACAUGUAAGUGAUGGAAUAAACACUUUUAAUCAUU